AUGCUACCAUUGCUGCUGAUAGGUGCCUCGCUGGCUUCUGCCGGCUGCUCUUUCAUUUUCAUCAACCGCUAUCUAUCUUUUAAACUUCACAAGAAUACCUUCCCCUUUACUUUAACGACACUACUCAUAAACAUGUGGCUUCUACUAUCGAUCACCUAUCUGCUACCUUUAGAUGUGUUUUCUGCUGCAGCAAAUAGAAGUAACAAUGGUAACUCAACUAUCGAUUCAACAAGUCCAUCUACUGGCAUUUAUCCAAGAAUGGCACAAACAACGCCCCUUCUCCGAAGAGAUACCUCACAAUCUCUACCGAAUUUUUCGUUAAUAUGGUACGCUGUGUACUGGUUGGAGUUCAUGGUUUGUUGGUUUAUUCUUCCAGUCUUGAUAUCAUACACGGAACUCAAAUAUCUAUUCGCGAAUGAGCCUGGCACAUCUCACAGAAAAGUUGUUUGGACUCGUAUUAAAAAGGCCAUAAUGACAAACAUAAAGUUUUAUGCCCUUUUUGGUAUUGGAUUAGGAAUUGGAUUGUUGUAUUUGAUCUUUGGUAUGAAACGUGGUUUAAGUGACUUAAAACCAUUGAUUAUUUCUCUUUCACAUUUGUACUCUCUUUCUUAUACGUUAAUUCUACUUUCUAUGGGAUUAAUACUACUUCCAAAGGCGUUGCUGUUCGAGAAUAACAAUGAAAAUAGGAUGUUUGUUGAAUUGAGUAAAGCUAAUGAUGAGUCUAACGAUGCAAAAUUAUCAAUGACUGAUUUUGCCGAAAAGAUAUUGACACUGCCUCCUGUACAGAAUGGCGAUGUUGCACUCAAUCAAGUCACAACAGAGUGUAAACUUGAAGUUCAAUCGCUGGUUAAUGAAAUCCAAAUAUCUAUACCAAACCUCAAUUCUGCGGGCAACGGAAACAACCUCUCAUUUGAGAAGAUCAACAAACAUUAUAAUGGGUUCAAGACAGAAUAUUAUAAUUACCUUUAUUACCAAGCUCAUUCGGAUAGUAUAAUUCAUGACUUAGCACGCUCGCAGAGUAAGUCAUUUUCUAUGUCAAAAACAAUCUUCAAUUACAUCAUUGGUUCUAUUUGCAUGUCACUCUCGAUAUUAGUUGCUCUUUUGGAGUUGACUCCUUCAAAAUUUGCACAUGCUUGGAUUUUUGAAGGGCACAGUUGGUGGAAUUUCCUAUUAGAAAUCUCUAUCUUGGUCUACAACACCCUUGUCUCACUUUAUGCAAUGAGUUGCAUCAAAUUUCAAAACUUUCAUUUGAUUCCCAAUGGCCGCAGCAACCCAAAAAAUACCUUGUACUUUUCUCUCUAUUCAAGUAGGCUAUUAUUACCACUCUGCUUCAAUUUUAUGGCUCUGAUUCCACGUGCACCAAAAGGAGAACAAAGUAGUUUUGAAAGAGUUCUUUAUAAGGAUUUGGAGUUAAUUCCACUCGUUAAUUUCCUGAAUAGAUUUCUGCCAAUGCUUUUCGUGAUUGUGGUUCCACUAAGCUACUUCUUCGAUCUCAAGAGAAAGGUUUUGUUAAAACUGCUUGGAGAAGAUUAUUACUACGAAAUGUUUGGUAUUCUAUACGAUCCUGUACCUCAAUAUGAUCGUCUCUCUGAAGAUCAGUCGCCCGCUGGUAGAACCAGAUUAGACGAGGACUAUGAAUACUCCUUGCAGGACGGUAGAUAUUUAUUUCAGAGAGCAACUAGCAACUUCGGGAUGGGGGAGAAUGAUAGUAAUUAUGAUACACGCACGUUUAUAUAA